UAAGGGUUGGAUGGGCUGGACUGAGGAAAGAACUCACACCUCUCCCCACCCCACUCCUUCCAUCUGGCUGUAAGUCAGCCAGCGACAGCAGCAAACUGCAGCAGAAGAGGAGAGGAAGCCAGCGAGUGCAAGAAGAGCACAGGAGCCCCGCUGGAUUUCCUUGCCACACGGCAGAGAGCAUCCCAGAGCUCAGACGUAGGACGGCUAUCCUGCCCACGGUGACUCUGGCAUCAGCUGGUGAAGCACUGGGUGAUGGCGUAUCUGCUGCAAGGCCGGCUGCCCGUCAAUCAAGAUCUGCUGCUGAUGCAGAAAGGCACACUGAUGCGCAAGGUGAGGUCCAAAAGCUGGAAGAAGCUAAGAUUCUUCAGACUUCAGGACGAUGGCAUGACAGUCUGGCAUGCCCGGCAGGCCGGAGGCAGGGCCAAGCCCAGCUUCUCAAUCUCCGAUGUGGACACAGUACGUGAGGGCCACGAGUCUGAGUUGCUGCGCAACCUGGCAGAGGAAUUCCCCCUGGAGCAGGGCUUCACCAUCGUCUUCCACGGCCGCCGCUCCAACCUGGACCUGGUGGCCAACAGUGUCCAGGAAGCCCAGACCUGGAUGCACGGGCUCCAGCUGUUGGUGGGCUUUGUCACCAACAUGGACCAACAGGAGAGGCUGGACCAAUGGCUGAGUGAUUGGUUCCAGCGUGGAGACAAAAACCAGGAUGGCCGGAUGAGUUUCGGAGAGGUCCAACGGCUACUGCACCUGAUGAAUGUGGAAAUGGACCAGGAAUAUGCCUUUCAGCUUUUCCAGACAGCAGACACAUCCCAGUCUGGGACUCUGGAGGGAGAAGAAUUUGUAGAGUUCUAUAAGUCAUUGACUCAGCGUCCAGAGGUGCAGGAACUGUUUGAAAAGUUUUCAUCUGAUGGGCAGAAACUGACCCUGUUGGAAUUUGUGGAUUUCCUCCAAGAGGAGCAGAAGGAAGGAGAACGGGCUUCUGAUCUUGCUCUGGAACUCAUCGACCGCUAUGAGCCUUCAGAAAGUGGCAAAUUGCGGCACGUGCUGAGCUUGGACGGCUUCCUCGGCUACCUCUGCUCGAAGGACGGAGACAUCUUCAAUCCAACCUGCCACUCCCUCUACCAGGACAUGACUCAACCCCUGAACCACUACUACAUCAACUCCUCCCACAACACCUACCUGGUGGGGGACCAGCUUUGCGGCCAGAGCAGCGUGGAGGGAUACAUACGGGCCCUGAAGCGGGGGUGCCGCUGUGUGGAGGUGGAUAUAUGGGAUGGACCAAGCGGGGAACCUAUUGUUUACCACGGACACACCCUGACCUCCCGCAUCCCAUUCAAAGAUGUUGUGGCCGCUAUAGGACAGUAUGCCUUCCAGACGUCAGACUAUCCAGUCAUCUUGUCGCUGGAGAACCACUGCAGCUGGGAGCAGCAGGAAAUCAUAGUGCGCCAUCUGACGGAGAUCCUGGGGGAUCAGCUACUGAUGACAGCCUUGGAUGGGCAGCCUCCCACUCAGCUGCCCUCCCCUGAGGACCUUCGGAGGAAGAUCCUUGUGAAGGGGAAGAAGCUAAUGCUUGAGGAAGAGGAGGAAGAGCCAGAGGCUGAACUGGAGGCGGAGCAGGAGGCUAAGCUGGACUUGGAGGCCCAGCUGGAGUCUGAGCCCCAGGAGCUGAGCCCUCGCAGUGAGGACAAAAAGAAGAAACCCAAGGCCAUCUUGUGUCCAGCCCUCUCUGCCCUGGUUGUCUACUUGAAGGCUGUCACCUUCUACAGCUUCACUCACUCGAGGGAGCACUACCACUUCUAUGAAACAUCAUCUUUCUCUGAAACCAAGGCCAAGAGCCUCAUCAAGGAGGCUGGCGAUGAGUUUGUGCAGCACAAUACCUGGCAGUUAAGCAGAGUAUAUCCCAGUGGCCUGAGGACGGAUUCAUCCAACUACAACCCCCAGGAAUUCUGGAAUGCAGGCUGCCAGAUGGUGGCUAUGAACAUGCAGACAGCCGGGCUGGAGAUGGACCUGUGUGAUGGGCUCUUCCGCCAGAACGCUGGCUGUGGCUAUGUGCUGAAGCCAGACUUCCUGCGCGACGCCCAGAGUUCCUUCCACCCUGAGAGGCCCAUCAGCCCUUUCAAAGCCCAGACCCUCAUAAUCCAGGUAAUCAGUGGUCAGCAACUCCCCAAAGUGGACAACACCAAAGAGCAGUCCAUUGUGGACCCCUUGGUGAGAGUGGAGAUCUUUGGCGUCCGCCCAGACACAACCCGGCAAGAGACCAGCUACGUGGAGAACAAUGGUUUUAAUCCAUACUGGGGGCAGACACUGUGCUUUCGGAUCCUGGUACCUGAACUGGCCCUGCUGCGUUUUGUGGUCAAAGACUAUGACUGGAAAUCCCGAAACGAUUUCAUUGGUCAGUACACCCUGCCGUGGAGCUGCAUGCAGCAAGGUUACCGCCACAUACACCUGCUCUCCAAGGAUGGCCUCAGCCUUCACCCAGCUUCCAUCUUCGUGCACAUCUGCACACAGGAAGUGUUAGAGGAGGCUGAAUCUUAAGGCAGCCACUUCACAGGCGGAGUGGAUUCACUGGCUGUAGAUGGUGAGAAAAAUGAAAAAAACCUGGAAGGAUGCUCCAGAAAGCAAACAGUGGUAAAAACCCGAGCUUUGGACUGUGCCGUCUCAGGCACUAAAUGACUUGGUCCUUCCUGACAAGCAAAUGUAGGACCCAAUUUUUCACCUUCUUUCUCUUCCCUUUCUUCGUUUUCACAAGUCUCUGGCAUCAUUCCUGUCCUUUCCCUCUGCAGACUCUACACUGCAAUUCCUUCCUUCCUCUGGCUAUAGGCUCAACACUACACCCAGAUCUAGGACAGUCCUUUCCCACCAACUCUGGCUCAAAGGCACAUUGCAGCUAGAAAUCCAGACUGGGGCUUGGUGGCAGAGAAACCCAAAACCCAAACCUCCACCCCUAGCUUCCUCAAAGUCCAGAGCCAAGGGAGAGACAAAUCGAGCCUCAAGUCUCCCCAGGCAAAGGCUGGGGAAGGAGAUCUGAUCCCCUGUAUUAUGACUCUCAACAGAACACUGCAUGGCCCAGAGAGUCCCCACUGGACUCCUGCUCACUUGUGCCACCAGUAUAAAUAGAGCUUCU